AUGGCUUGGAGAAGCUCUGGAGCCACUAACGAGGCUCUUGUUAAUAAUCUUGCGAAAAACCAGCUCAUCCAGUCGGAUAGGGUCCAGGAUGCCAUGCUAAAGGUUGAUCGCGCGCACUAUGCUCCGGCGUCGCCCUAUGAAGACUCCCCCCAGCCCAUCGGCCACCGCGCGACCAUAUCCGCACCGCACAUGCAUGCCUCGGCUUGCGAAUCGCUCCUCGACUAUCUCAAGCCAGGCUCCAAGGUCCUAGAUGUCGGUUCAGGCUCGGGCUAUCUAACCGCAGUCCUGGCUAACCUCGUCGCACCCAACGGCACUGUUGUCGGAAUCGAGCACAUCCAGCCGUUGAACGACCUCGCAGUAGGCAACAUGUCCAAGUCAGAAGAAGGUCGUAGGAUGCUAGAGUCUGGACAGGUCAAGUUUGUUACCGGAGACGGCCGAAAAGGCUGGGCUGAAGGUGCGCCGUACGAUGCGAUUCACGUUGGCGCUGCGGCUGCCGAACACCAUGAGGCAUUGACCGAGCAGCUCAAAGCACCGGGACGCCUGUUUGUACCAGUUGCAGAAGGCUGGCUGCAGCACAUCUGGGUGAUUGACAAGAAGGAGGACGGAAGCGUUGAGCGCCAGAAGCUAUACGGCGUGCAGUAUGUCCCCUUGACAGAUGCGCCCGUGUAA